AGGUGCCGCGUGUUCCUCACCACCAAGUUUUACCCAACUAAAAUUUUGCACCAUAGGCAACUUGCCCUUAGCGUCCUCCUUUACCCUUAACCAUGGCACGAGUCAAGCAAAAAGGAAAAUCUGGUGCGGCCCGGAACUUUAUCACAAGAAACCAGGCCUUAAAAAAGCUUCAAUUAACGCUUGCCGAUUUCCGCCGAAUCUGUAUUCUUAAGGGAAUCUAUCCCCGUGAACCACGUAACAAGAAAAAAGCAAACAAGGGAUCGACAGCUCCCGUCACUUUCUAUUACACGAAGGAUAUCCAAUAUCUUCUUCAUGAACCUAUUGUUGAAAAGUUCCGCGAGUAUAAGACUUUUGCCAAGAAACUUAGCAAGGUUUUAGGCAAAGGAGAGCUCCAUGAGGCAAAACGUCUCGAGAAAAAAAAACCCAGCUACACUCUGGACCACAUCAUUAAAGAGCGUUAUCCUACAUUCCAUGAUGCUUUGAAUGAUCUUAGCGAUGCUCUUAGUAUGCUUUUCCUGUUCGCCAAUAUGCCUGUUACUGAUAAAGUGGGUGCUGCAACCGUCGCCAACUGUGAACGGCUUUGUGCCGAGUUUCAGCACUAUGUGAUUGCUUCGCACAGCUUGAGAAAAUCAUUCCUUUCUAUUAAAGGUAUCUAUUACCAAGCCUCCAUUCUUGGAGAAGAUAUCACCUGGAUCGUUCCUUACAAGUUUGCACAACACGUUCCUAGCGAUGUUGACUUCCGUAUCAUGUUGACUUUCCUCGAGCUUUAUCAGACUCUUGUUGGUUUCGUGAACUUUAAACUGUAUUCUAGCAUCAAUCUCAACUACCCUCCAAAGCUGAACAUCAGCAAGGACCAGUCUGCUGCUGGACUUAGUGCUUACGAAACCGAGGUCAAGUCUGCCCUUCCGGCGCCAGCUCACGCUGAUAAGGCUGCCAAGAAACGCGUUGGUACUCUUUCCGGAAAGCUUGAUUCCAUCGUUGCCGAUGAAAAGAAACAUGCCACCGACGAACACAUUCAACAAAUUGAUCACGAGGAAACCGAGGAUGCAGAAACCGUUACUUUGGACGAGUUUAAGCCCAUUGAUGAGGAGCCUUCGACUUCAGAUGUGUCUUCUUCUGUGAAGCAGAGUGAUGUUAACGUUAAGCUGUUCUCUCCCUUUACUUUCUUUCUCUCUCGUGAAGUCCCCCGCUACUCUUUAGAAUUUCUCAUCCGCGCUUUCGGAGGUAAGGUCGGUUGGGAUCCUGUCUUGGGAGCUGGUUCUCCUUUCUCAGAGGACGAUACCGUUAUUACACAUCACAUCAGUGAUCGUCCCCGUCUUCGCUCGAAAUACGAGGGACGUGUGUACAUCCAGCCUCAAUGGGUUUACGACAGCAUUAACAGAGGCGAGCUCGUUCGUACCGAUGAAUACGCACCUGGUGCAACUCUCCCUCCUCACUUGAGUCCCUUCGUCAAGUAUGAUGAACAUACUUACAACCCUGAAGAGGAUGUUUCUUCUGCCGAGGAGGAGGAAGAUGAGGAAGUCCAAGACGCUGUUGAAGAAAAAGAGCCUGAGACGAAACAGCUUCCGGCAGCCGAAGAACCUGCUGCUGCCGAAGCUUCUGAGGACGAAAACGAAGCGGAGCAACAUCAACGUGAGCUUGAAGCCGAGGCCGCUGGUGUUUCUUACUCUGAAUACGUCAAGAAGAAUUCUGAUGCUACUUCCAGUAAGAAGAAGGGCAAGAAGCGUGGUCGUGAUGCUUUGACUGUUGAGCAAAAGGAGCAAAAGGAAGCCAAGGAACUGGCUAAGAUCAUGAUGAGCAACAAACAGAAGAAAUUGUACAAGAAGAUGCAGUACAGCAACGCUAAAAAGGAAGAGCUCAAGGAGAAUUUGAAGAAGAAAAAGCGGGCCAUCGAAAAAAGAAAAAAGGCCAAGACGGAAAACUAAUUGGCUGUUUAAUUUUGGUUUUUGUAGUACAAGUUUUGUUAUAAAGGACAAUAUACAUAUUGGGUUUAAACUAGGAACUUAUGAGGGCAAGAUGUAGAAGCGCAAAUAGUUUGGUUUCGUA